AUGUCCUCACAUUUUCUCUGGGGUUUGGUUACUUUGUUGAUGAUAGCCAAGUUGGAUGGCGAAACUGGAGAGCUGGAGCAGAAGCGACAGAAAAGGAUCACUGAUCUCCACCAGCCUCGGAUGACUACAGAGGGGGGACACUUAGUGUUUCUUACAAGCUCUACCCAAAACAUUGAAUUUAGAACUGGAUCCCUGGGAAAAGUCAGAUUAAACGGUGAAGACCUUGGUGAAUGUUUGCAUCAGAUCCAGAGAAACAAAGAUGACAUUAUAGAUUUAAAGAGGAACGCAACUGGUCUUCCUCAAAACAUACUUAGUCAAGUCCAUCAACUUAACGCCAAGCUUGUGGAUCUCGAGAGAAAUUUCCAGAGUUUGCAGCAGACCGUGGAGAGGAAGGUUUGCAGUAGCAAUCCCUGCUUCAAUGGUGGCACCUGCGUCAACCUGCACAACUCCUUCCUUUGUAUCUGCCCUCCGCAGUGGGAGGGUCUUUUCUGCUCAGAAGAUGUUAAUGAGUGUGCCAUUUACUCGGGAACACCCUUUGGCUGCCAGAGUGGGGCCACCUGUGUGAACACUAUGGGGAGCUUCAGAUGUGACUGCACACCUGAUGCGUAUGGACCCCAGUGUGAAUCCAAAUACAACGACUGUGAACAGGGCUCGAAGCAGCUCUGUAAGCAUGGCAUCUGUGAGGAUUUAGAACGAGUGCAACAUGGACAGGCAAAUUUUCACUGCCUCUGUGAUGCUGGGUGGACCACCACGCCGAAUGGCAUCGCCUGCACAGAAGACAAAGAUGAAUGCAGCCUCCAUCCCUCACCUUGUGCAGAGCAAGUGCAGUGCUUCAAUACGCAAGGCUCUUUCUACUGUGGGGCCUGCCCAACAGGCUGGCAAGGAAAUGGUUACGAAUGCCAUGACAUCAAUGAAUGUGAGAUAAACAACGGUGGCUGCUCUGUGGCCCCGCUUGUCCCCUGUCACAACACACCUGGAUCUUUCAGCUGUGGGAACUGCCCACCAGGUUUCAGCGGUGAUGGGAGAGAGUGUACACCCUUGGACAUCUGCUCGAUCAACAACGGAGGCUGCCACCCAGAGGCGAGCUGCUCCUCGGCUCUCGGUAUAGGGUUUUUGCCUCUCUGCACCUGUCCUCACGGAUAUACAGGAAAUGGUUUUGGGCCAAAUGGAUGUGUACGCCUCAGUAACAUUUGCUCAAGUCACCCGUGUGUAAAUGGACAGUGCAUAGAAGACGUAUUUAGUUAUUCCUGUAAGUGUGACCCAGGCUGGUCUGGAACCAACUGCACAGAAAACAUUAAUGAGUGUAUGAGUAACCCCUGUUUGAACGGGGGCACUUGUAUCGAUGGGAUCAACGGCUUCACGUGUGCCUGCACGAGCUCCUGGACUGGGUAUUAUUGCCAGAUGCCCCAGAGAGGUUGUGGAGGGAUCCUCUCAGGGACACAAGGAUUCUUUGCCUACCAGAGCCCCAAUGAUACCUACAUUCAUGAUGUUAACUGUUUCUGGGUUGUCAAGACUGAGGAGGAGAAGGUUCUGCAUGUCACCUUCACGUCUUUUGACUUGGAAGCAGCAAGUAAUUGUCCCCGGGAGUUUCUGCAGAUUCACGAUGGCGAUUCCUCAGCAGCUUUCCCACUUGGGAGAUACUGUGGCUCCAGCCCCCCACAGGGGGUCCACAGCAGUGGCAAUGCUCUCUACUUCCGCCUCUACUCUGAAUCCAUACGACAGGGGAGAGGCUUUACAGCGAGGUGGGAGUCCAAGCAGCCUGAGUGUGGCGGCGUACUGACUGGUGAUUAUGGUUCCAUUACAUCUCCGGGGUACCCUGGGAACUACCCCCCAGGAAGAGAUUGUGUCUGGCACGUUCUGGCCAGUCCUGGCUCCUUGAUAACGUUUACCUUUGGGACCUUGAGCCUGGAGAGUCACGAUGACUGCAGUAAAGAUUAUCUGGAGAUUCGAGAUGGUCCUUUCCACCAGGACCCGGUUCUUGGGAAAUUCUGCACUUCUCUGUCUACCCCACCGCUUCGGACUACGGGUCCGGCUGCCAGAAUCCAUUUCCAUUCUGAUGCUGACGUCACUGACAAGGGCUUCCACAUCACCUAUCUAACCGUGGCCUCGGAUCUGCGCUGUGGCGGGAACUACACAGACACGGAGGGUGAGCUCCUGCUUCCUCCCUUGUCUGGACCCUUCAGUCACGACAGCCAGUGUGUCUAUCUCAUCACACAGCCCGAAGGAGAGAAAAUAGAUAUCAACUUUACCCACGUGGAGCUGGAGAGCCACUGGGGCUGCACUCACACCUACAUCGAGGUCGGAGACCAUAACAACUUACUUGGAAGGGUCUGUGGCAAUACAGCCCUGUCACCUAUUAGAUCGAUGUCUAAUAAAGUCUGGGUCAGACUGAGAAUAGACACAUUAGUCCAGAAGGCGAGCUUCAGAGCUGACUAUCAAGUUGCUUGUGGGGGUGAGUUAACAGGAGAAGGCGUCAUUCGCUCACCAUUUCAUCCCAAUGCCUAUCCCGGACAAAGAACCUGUAGGUGGACCAUCUCCCAACCCCAAAGACAGAUCGUUCUCCUCAAUUUCACUGACUUCCAGAUUGGAAGUUCUGCCCCCUGUGACACUGAUUACAUUGAGAUUGGUGCCAGUUCUGUCUUGGGAUCUUCUGACAAUGAGAAGUUUUGUGGCACAAACAUACCAUCAUUUGUCACAUCUGUGUACAAUGUUCUUUACGUCACAUUUGUGAAAAGUUCUUCCGUGGAAAAUCGUGGCUUCACGGCUAAGUACAGUAGUGAGAAUUUAGAAUGUGGAGAAGUUCUCACAGAAGAAACAGGAACUAUUGAAAGUCCUGGUUUUCCAAAGAUCUACCCAAGUGGUCUAAAUUGUACUUGGCAUAUAGUAGUCCCGCAAGGCAAAGUGAUUCGUUUGGAAUUCAACACAUUUUACCUGGACUUCCACUAUAACUGCACAAAUGACUACCUGGAAAUCUAUGACACUGUUGCUCAGAUAUCUCUUGGGAGAUAUUGUGGAAAGUCCAUCCCCCCUUCUCUUACUAGCAGUUCCCAUUCAAUAAAGCUGACGUUUGUGUCCGACUCUGCUGUUGCCCACCAAGGAUUUUCAAUAGCCUAUAAAUCAGUGGAUGCAUCAUCAGUGUGCUUUCAAGAGUAUACAGAUAAUUAUGGAGAACUCACCUCCCCGAAUUACCCUAAUAAUUACCCCAAUAACUGGAAUUGCGUGUACAGGAUCACAGUGGGAUUCAAUGAACAGAUUGAACUGGAGUUUAUAAGCUUUGCCUUGGAGGAUAAAUCAGAUCAAAACUGUUUCGAUUUUGUGGAGAUCAGAGAUGGAGGCUUCGAAACCUCACCACUCCUUGGAAGUUACUGUGGCUCGGUUUUGCCCCCUAAAAUCAUCUCUCAGAGCAACAAGCUGUGGCUAAAGUUUAAUACUGACAGAGUGAUAACAGCAAGGGGCUUCGUAGCUCACUGGGACACAUCAUCAACAGGCUGUGGAGGCAAUCUCACCAGCCCCACGGGGUUGUUCACAUCCCCCAACUACCCGAUGCCCUACUACCACAACUCUGAGUGCUACUGGCAACUGGAAGCCAGCCACGGCAGUCCUUUCCAGCUGGAAUUCCAAGACUUCCACGUAGAGCCUCACCCCGACUGCUCUCUGGAUUACUUGGCUGUGUACGAUGGCCCCCGCACCAGCUCCCGUAUGAUAAAUAAACUCUGCGGAGACACGACACCAGCUCCCAUCCGUUCCAGUAGAGACAGCGUAUUGGUGAAACUCAGGACUGACGACGGUCAGCAAGGACGUGGCUUUAAAGUAAAAUACUGGCAGACAUGUGACAAUGUAGUAAUAGUGAAUAAAACCUAUGGCAUCUUGGAGAGCAUAAACUACCCAAAGCGCUAUGACAAGAAUCUGCGUUGUAACUGGACCAUCCAAGCAACAACAGGCAACACUGUGAACUACACAUUUCUGGAUUUAAGUGUGACUUCUCAUAGAAACUGCUCCGAAGAUUAUUUAGAGCUUUAUGAUGGACCCCAAAGGAUAGGACGCUACUGUGGAGCAGAUAUCCCCCCACCAGGGGCCACCACAGGCUCCAAGCUUCAUGUACUCUUCUACACAGAUGGGCUAGAUACGGACGAGGAUUUAAGAGGAUUUAAGAUGCAGUGGUUCAUUCAUGGCUGUGGUGGGGAGAUGUCUGGAGUUGCGGGCUCCUUCAGCAGCCCUGGGUACCCUCUCAACUAUCCCCACAACAAGGAGUGUAUCUGGAACAUCCGUGGAGCCCCAGGAAGUAGUAUCCAGCUCACCAUCCAUGAUUUUGAUGUGGAACAUCAUGCAAGCUGCAACUUCGACACCCUGGAGAUCUAUGCAGGCCCCAACUUUGACUCUCCAAGAAUAGCUCAGCUGUGUUGGCGAACACCAUCAGCGAAUCCCAUGCAGGUCUCCAGCACUGGAAAUGAACUAGCAAUCCGAUUUAAGACUGACAACAGUGUAAAUGGGAGAGGUUUCAAUGCUUCAUGGCAAGCAGUCCCUGGAGGUUGUGGUGGGAUUUUCCAGGCUCCCAGUGGAGAGAUUCACUCUCCAAAUUACCCCAAUAGCUACAGAGCUAACACUCAGUGCUCUUGGAUCAUCCAAGUUGGAAAACAUCACCGUGUUCUCCUGAACAUCACUGACUUCGACCUUGAAGCCACAGAUUCGUGUAUUAUGACUUAUGAUGGCUCAAGUUCCUCAAACACCCGUGUCGCCAGUGUGUGUGGAAGACAGACACCGCCUAACUCCAUCCUCUCGACAGGAAACAGCCUCUUUGUGAGAUUUCAGUCUGGCUCUUCCAGACAGAGCAGGGGCUUCCGAGCUCAGUUCAGGCAAGAAUGUGGAGGUCACAUCAUCACUGACUCUUCUGAUACUAUUUCCUCUCCGUUGUUCCCUGAUAAAUAUCCAAACAAUCACAACUACUGGAUACUAGAAGCUCAGCCUCCAUUCAAUCAUAUCUCUCUCACCUUCAGCCACUUUCAGCUUCAGGACAGCACGGGCUGUCAAGAGGACUUUUUAGAAAUUUUGGAUGGCAAGGACUAUGACGCACCUGUCCAAGGCCGUUACUGUGGCAACUCUUUGCCCCAUCCCAUCAUAUCCUUUGGCAGUGCCCUGACCCUGAGGUUUGUCUCCAAUUCUUUGGGCAGGUUUGAGGGUUUCCAUGCCUUCUAUUCUGCAUCAACGUCGGCUUGCGGUGGAACCUUCAACAUGGCUCACGGCAUCUUCAACAGCCCUAACUACCCAGCAGAAUACCAUCCUAACGUGGAGUGUGUCUGGAAUGUUGUCAGCUCCCCUGGGAACCAGCUGCAGCUGUCCUUCCUAUCCUUUCAGUUGGAGAACUCUUUAAACUGUAACAAGGAUUUCGUGGAAAUCGAGAAAGGAACUGCCACAGGCCACUUGGUGGGACGAUACUGUGGAAACUCCCUCCCUGGCAAUUCUCCUCCUCAAGGCCAUACUUUGUGGAUCAGAUUUGUCUCUGAUGGCUCAGGCAGUGGCAUGGCUUCCAGGCAGGUUCAAUAAAGUAAAGUUGGUCUGUUCCAUAAUGUAUUUGGCAAUGAUAAUAUUGUGGGAACGCAUGGGAAAAUCGCAUCUCCCUUAUGGCUGGAAGUUACCCCCCCUCACUCCCAAUACAGAUGGACAGUAAAUGUAAAACCCAUCUCAGAUUUCCAUGCUAGAAUCUUGGAGAUAGACAUGGAAUCAGCAGGCAACUGCCAAUAUGACAAAUUAAAGAUCUAUGAUGGGUUUGACAUUCAUUCCAACCUGAUUGGCACUUAUUGCAGUACCCAGAUGGAAUCUUUUAGCUCCAGUAGAAACUCUAUGACAUUCCAGUUUUCUUCUGAUGCUACCAUCUCAGGGAAGGGUUUCCUUCUGGAAUGGUUUGCAUUAGAUGCUUCUGCUGGAGCUGUUCCUACCAUUGAUACAGGUGCCUGUGGAGGAUAUUUGGUGACAGGAGACACUCCUGUCCUUUUUUUCUCCCCGGGCUGGCCUGGGCUGUAUAAUAAUCGUGCUGACUGUGUAUGGGUCAUCUAUGCUCCUGAUUCUACUGUGGAACUCAACAUCCUCUCCAUGGACAUUGAAUCCCAGGCAGCAUGUGCCUAUGACAAGCUGAUCAUAAGAGAUGGAGACAAUUACUUAGCCCAGAAGCUGGCUGUCCUAUGUGGCAGAGAUAUUCCUGGGCCCAUCCGGUCAACUGGAGAGUUCAUGUACAUCCACUUCAUCUCAGACUCCAGCGUCCCUGGAGCAGGCUUCAACGCCUCCGUUCACAAGAGCUGUGGUGGAUAUUUGCAUGCAGACAGAGGGAUUAUCACAUCCCCCAAGUACCCCGACCUCUACAUUCCCAACCUCAACUGCUCCUGGCAUGUUCGGGUCCAGAGUGGUCUGACUAUCGCUGUCCAUUUUGAGCAACCUUUCCAGAUUCAAAAUAGAGACUCUUCUUGCAGCCAGGGGGAUUACUUGGUGCUAAGAAAUGGACCAGAUAUCCAUUCUCCACCCUUGGGACCCUCUGGAGGACAUGGUCGCGUCUGUGGAAUUUAUCCUCCAUCAACUCUGUUCACCUCAGACAAUGAAAUGUUUGUUCAGUUCAUUUCUGAUAAUAGUAACAGUGGGCAAGGAUUUAAGAUCAGAUAUGAGGCAAAGAGUUUAGCCUGUGGGGGCAACAUCUACAUUCAUGAUGCCAAUUCUGACGGAUACGUGACCUCCCCCAACUACCCUGCUAAUUAUCCCCAGCACGCUGAAUGCAUUUGGAUUUUAGAAGCUCCUUCUGGGAAAAGUAUACAGCUCCAAUUUGAAGAUCAAUUCCAUAUUGAAGAAACACCCAACUGUUCUUCGAGCUACCUCGAGUUGCGAGAUGGAGUUGACUCAAACGCACCGCUGCUUUCCAAAUUGUGUGGGGGCUCUUUGCCUAGUAACUGGGUAUCCUCAAGAGAACUUAUGUACUUGAAAUUCCACACUGAGGGUGGUUCCAGCUACAUGGGAUUCAAGGCCAAGUAUUCUAUAGCCCCGUGUGGAGGAACAAUCUGGGACAGUGGAGUCAUCGAGAGCAUUGGAUACCCGACUCCUUUCCUAUCCAAACAAUUGUUUUGUCAGUGGCAUCUCCGGGGCCUCCCAGGACACUAUCUCACCAUCCAUUUUGAAGAUUAUAAUCUUCAGAGUUCCCCUGGUUGUGCAAAGACUUUUGUGGAGAUCUGGGAAAAACCAUACCACUGGGUUGGAACUACUUUGGGCCGGUAUUGUGGAAACUCCACUCCUAGCAGUAUCGACACUUCUAGCAAUGUUGCUUCAGUCAGGUUUGUCACUGAUGGCUCUGUCACUGCCUUAGGAUUUAGGCUGCAGUUUAAGUCCAGCAGAGAAGUGUGUGGUGAGAACUUAUAUGGCCCUACUGGGAGAUUUACGUCUCCCAACUACCCAAACCCAAAUCUUCAUGCCUGGAUCUGUGAGUGGACAAUCACUGUGCCAGAAGGCAGGAGGGUCAUCCUGACCUUUACCAACUUGAGACUGAGCAACUAUCCAUCCUGCGACAAUGAGCACCUCAUAGUGUUCAAUGGCAUUAGAGGUAACUCACCCCAGCUACAGAAACUGUGCAGCCGUGUGAAUGUAACCAAUGAGUUCCAGUCUACUGGGAACACAAUGAAGGUCAUAUUUUUCACUGAUGGAUCCCGGCCGUACGGAGGAUUCACUGCUUCCUACACCUCCAGCGAAGAUGCAGUGUGUGGUGGACCUCUUCUGAGUAGCUCUAGUGGAAACUUUACUUCUCCUGGCUAUAACGGAAUCCGUGACUAUGCAAGCAACCUAGACUGUGAAUGGACUCUCAGCAAUCCAAAUCGGGAAAAUUCAUCCCUUACCAUCCAUUUUGUGAGACUUUCCCUUGAGAGUCACCAGGACUGUGCAUUUGAUGUCCUCGAGUUUCGAGUGGGUGAUGCUGAUGGGCCCCUGAUAGAGAAGUUUUGCAGCUUGUCGGCACCAGCGGUACCUUUGGUUAUCCCCUACCCUCAGGUGUGGAUCCACUUUGUCACCAACGAGCGUGUAGAAUAUACUGGAUUCCACAUACAAUACAACUUUACCGAUUGUGGUGGAAUACAGACAGGUCAGAGUGGAGUGAUCUCAAGUCCUAACUAUCCAAAUGUUUAUGGUAGAUGGACCCAAUGUUCAUGGCUAUUGGAAGCCCCAGAAGGGCACAUCAUCACUCUCACAUUUAGUGACUUUCAUCUUGAGAUGGACCCAACUUGCACUGCGGACUCGGUUACUGUCAGAAAUGGUGGCUACCCUGAAUCACCCAUCAUAGGACGGUACUGUGGGUGGUCAAUCCCAGGGCCAGUACAGUCUGGUUCCAACAAACUUCUGGUGACUUUUAACACAAACCAUCUAGGGCAAAGUCGUGGAUUUUAUGCUACAUGGAAUACAAGCACAUUAGGUUGUGGUGGAACAUUCCAUUCAGAUAAUGGUACGAUCAAAUCUCCUCAUUGGCCUCAGCCAUUCCCCACGAACAGCAGAUGCUCUUGGACAGCCAUCACGCAUGAAAGCAAACACUGGGAGAUUAGCUUUGACAGCAAUUUCCGAAUCCCUAGCAGUGACAGCCAGUGUCUGAACAGCUUUGUGAAGGUCUGGGGAGGAACCUCGGAGACCAACGAUACCCUGUUAGCCACAAGCUGUGGAGACGUGGCUCCCAGUCCCAUUGUCACGUCAGGAAACAUAUUCGCUGCUGUCUUCCAGUCUGAGGAUAUGCCAGGCCAGGGCUUCUCUGCGUCCUUCGUAAGCCGAUGUGGACGUAGGUUCAAUAGCUCCAGCGGUGACAUCGUCUCUCCAAACUUCCCAAAGCCAUAUGAGAAUAACAUGAACUGCACCUACUUCAUAGAUGUUGAACCUGGGUCUCUGAUCAUCCUGACCUUUGUGUCCUUCCGUUUAGAAGAUCGCUCAGCCAUCACUGGGAACUGUGAUCAUGAUGGCUUGCACAUCAUCAAAGGCCACAACCUCUCUUCCACUCCUCUUGUGACUCUGUGUGGUUCUGAAGCCCUGGAUCCCCUCACCGUGGCUGGCCCGGUGUCACUCAACUUCUAUUCCAAUGCAUAUGCCACAGACUUUGGGUUCAAGAUUUCCUACAGAAUCACCUCUUGUGGUGGGACCUACAAUAAAUCCUACGGGGUCAUUAGCAGUCCUUCCUUCUACUCCAGAUACCCCAACAACGUCUACUGUGUUUACAGCAUUGGCGUUAGCAGCAACAAAGUGAUUCUGCUUAGGUUCAGUAAUUUUGAAGUGGCUCCCUCCCCGCUUUGCGACAAUGACUACCUGACGGUUUUCGACGGUCCUAGCAUUGGAAAUAGGUCCUUUGGAAAAUUCUGUGGUUCCACCAUUCCACGGGAUCUGAAGAGCACCAGUAACAGCCUGACCCUGCUAUUCAAGACGGAUUCUUCUCAAACAGCAAGGGGCUGGAAAAUAAGUUUUAGGGAAACACUAGGACCACUGCAAGGCUGUGGCGGAUACCUGACAGAGGACAACGGCACCUUUGUCUCUCCGGACUCGGAUGCAGAUGGAAAGUAUGACCGGGAGCUAAACUGCAUCUGGUCCAUAAUUGCACCCGAAAACAAGCUCAUUGCACUCACCUUCAGUAAGUUCUCUCUGGAGAGAGGGGCAGCAGAUGGGAGAUGCUACUAUGAUUACGUGCAGAUAGCAGAUGGCAGGAGCAUGGCAUCAGAUUUAGGUGGAAAAUUGUGUGGUGACCAAAUACCUGCCCCUUUUAUCUCGUCUAGCAACUUCCUUACCGUUCAGUUUGUCUCUGACAUAGCUCAGGACAGAGAAGGAUUUAAUGCAACAUAUACCUUUGUGGACAUGCCUUGUGGGGGGACACAUGUUGCAACUGUGACCCCACAAAACGCUUCGUCCCCUCACUUGUCGAACAUCAGACGCCCACUUUCCUCCUGCACUUGGAUCAUCGAGGCUCCUCCAUACCAGAACAUCAAGAUAACAGUGUGGGAAUUAAAGCUGGCCUCACAAGACUGCUCACAGAGCUACUUAGAGCUUCAGGACUCACCACAGGGUAAGGGGCCAGUGACUCUGUACUGCGGCACGAAUUUCACAGCCUUGCCGGUGUUUUAUUCCUCAACAAGGACCGCAACUGUCAUUUUCAAAUCUGAUGUUUUAAACAUGAACUCUCGGGUGCAUUUCACCUAUCAGAUUGCAGAUUGCAACAGAGAAUACAACCAAGCAUUUGGCAAUCUGAAGAAUCCUGGAUGGCCUCAAGAGUAUGAUAAUAACUUGGACUGCACCAUUAUUCUCAGAGCCCCACAGAACAAUACCAUUUCCCUCUUUAUCUACUGGUUUGAGCUAGAAUAUUCAAAUCAAUGCAGGCAUGAUUUCUUGGAGGUAAGAAGCGGCAGCAACAGCAGUUCGCCGCUGCUUGACAAAUACUGUGGCCGGAUGCAGCCGAACCCCAUCUUCUCUCAGAGCAACGAGCUGUAUCUGCGGUUUAAGACGGAUGGCUCAGUCACAUUCCCUGGAUACGAUAUCGUCUGGACCUCCUCUCCGUCCGGCUGUGGAGGAACUCUUUUUGAUGACAAUGGUCUAUUAACCAGCCCUGGCUAUCCUAACAACUACCCAAACAACACUCACUGUGACUGGACCAUCAUUGCUCCUUCUGGAAGACCUCUCUCCAUCAGCUUUUCUGUUUUCAGUAUCAACCCUCCAGGAGACUGUGCCCACAACUACCUCAUUCUCUAUAAUGGGCCAGACGCCAGCUCACCACCCUUUGGAACAUACUGUGGAACGGACCCUAUUACAGUCCCCUUCAGAGCGUCAUCAAAUCAAGUCUUCAUAAGAUUUCACGCGGAGUAUACAACACGGCAGUCAAAGUUUGAGAUAUUGUGGGACAGCUGA